AUGCCGACUCCGGACGCACUAAUGGCGGGGAACCAAACAGACGAGACAAUCGUCUGCUACGCGCCGACGAUGAUCACCACCAAUGGCGUAUGGCAAGGGGACAACCCUCUCGACUACUCCCUCCCUCUCUUCAUCCUCCAAUUGACCCUCGUCGUCGUCACCACCCGCAUCCUCGUCUUCAUCCUCAAACCCUUCCGCCAGCCACAUGUUAUAUCCGAAAUCCUGGGUGGUGUGAUACUAGGACCGUCGGUCCUCGGACGAAACAAGAUCUUCGCCAACACCAUCUUCCCUCUCCGGUCCGUGAUGGUGCUCGAGACGAUGGCGAACGUGGGUCUCCUCUACUUCUUGUUCCUAGUAGGAGUCGAGAUGGACAUGUCUGUCCUCAGAAGAACUGGCAAAAAGGCACUGGCAAUAGCCGUAACGGGCAUGAUCCUGCCCUUUCUCGCCGGCUUCGCCUUCUCCUACCUGCUCCACCAGGACACACAGACGAUGAACCAAGGAACCUUCGUCUUGUUCCUCGGGGUUGCCCUCUCCGUCACCGCCUUCCCCGUCCUGGCAAGGAUCCUCGCCGAGCUCAAGCUGAUCAACACCGAGCUCGGGAGGAUCGCCAUGUCGUCCGCUUUGAUCAAUGACAUUUGCGCCUGGAUUAUGCUCGCCCUGGCCAUCGCCAUUGCCGAGCAGGAGGACGCCUCGCUUGCAUCUCUCUGGGUCAUCGUCUCGAGCGCGGUGUUCGUUCUGUUCUGCUUCAUCGUCAUCCGGCCGGGGAUCGACUGGAUGGUCAGGCGGACACCGGAUGGGGAGAGCUUCAACGAGUUCUACGUCUGCUUGAUCCUGACCGGGGUGAUGAUCUCCGGGUUCAUCACCGAUGCGAUCGGGACGCACUCGGUGUUCGGCGCGUUCGUGUUCGGGCUCGUCAUCCCCAAUGGCCCCCUGGGGCUCAGCUUGAUUGAGAAGCUGGAGGAUUUUGUUUCUGGGUUGCUCUUGCCUCUGUUCUUCGCCAUGAGCGGUUUGAAGACCAAUUUCGCCGCGAUUCACGGCGGGGCGACGUGGGCUUACUUGAUCCUCGUCAUUGUUCUUGGUUGUGCUGGGAAAAUCGCCGGCACGUUGAUCGUCACCAUGUUCUACAAAAUGCCUGUGCGGGAAGGGGUCACCCUUGGGUUGCUCAUGAACACCAAGGGACUCGUUGAGAUGAUCGUCCUCAAUGUUGGCAAAGACCAAAAGGUACUCGACGACGAAUCAUUCGCAAUGAUGGUGAUAGUAGCACUAGUCAUGACGGCCACGAUCACCCCAAUCGUGACCAUAGUCUACCGUCCGGCGAGAAAGUUCAUCCCUUACAAGCGUCGAACACUGCAGAUGUCCCGGCCGGACGCCGAGCUCCGGAUCCUGGUCUGCGUCCACACACCACGAAACGUCCCCACCAUAAUCAACAUCCUCGAAGCUUCCUGUCCAAGCAAGACAUCGCCACUCUGCGUCUACGUCCUCCACCUCGUCGAGCUCACGGGCCGGGCCUCCGCCAUGCUGAUAGUCCACAACACACGCAAAUCGGGCCGGGCCGCCACCGCCAACCAGACCCAGGCCCAAUCCGACCACAUCAUCAACGCCUUCGAGAACUACGAGCAGCACGCCGCCUGCGUCUCCGUCCAGCCGCUGACGGCGAUCUCCCCUUACUCGACGAUGCACGAGGACAUCUGCAAUCUGGCGGAGGACAAGCGCGUGGCCAUAGUGAUCAUACCUUUCCACAAGCAGCAGACGGUGGACGGAGGGAUGGAGGCGACGAAUCCCGCGUUUCGAUUGGUGAAUCAGAAUGUCUUAUCUCACGCCCCGUGCUCCGUCGGGAUCUUGGUGGAUCGCGGGUGGAGCGGAUCGCGAAUGGCAACGGGGACGAAUCAGGUCGAGCACCACGUGGCGGUGUUGUUCUUCGGCGGGCCCGAUGAUCGGGAGGCGCUGUCGUACGCUUGGAGGAUGUUGGAGCACCCUGGGAUUUUCGUCACCGUCGUGAGGUUCAUCCCCGAGGAGAACGCCACCGCCGCCGGAGCAGCACCACCACCAGCAGGAGGCGGUCGUCGCAGCCGUCGCGGAUCUGAAAGUCGAGAUCUGAGUGUGGAUCUGGCGGUGGAGGGAGCGGCGGGGCUGGAUUAUCGAGGUAGGAACAAGCUAGACGAGGAGAUAAUUAGGGAUUUCAAAAUGGCGAAUUCGAACGACGAUUCGGUGUCGUAUUCGGAGAUCGUGGCGAGUAACGGCGAGGAGACGGUGGCGGCGAUUCGGUCGAUGGAUAGAGGGCACGAUCUGUUUAUAGUGGGGAGGGGACAAGGGAUGACUUCGCCGUUGACGGCGGGGUUGACGGACUGGAGUGAGUGCCCUGAAUUGGGGGCGAUUGGAGAUUUGUUGGCGUCGUCGGAUUUCGCGGCGACGGCGUCGGUGCUUGUUGUGCAGCAGUAUUGUAACCUGGAGUUUAUGGAUUCGCCGGAAAGUCCUAUGCAUCUGGACGAGAACACCCAGUUGAAUAGGCCGUCACCGGAGCCGAUGACCCCGGUAGACCGGGUUUUGACGGUGGAUAGUUCGCCGCGACAGUUUUAGUCCAUUUUUUUCCCGAUAGUAUUAGUUACUUAGAAGUUAAUUUCGAUAACAAGGAAAGUGGAAGUGUGUUAUGUGUAGGAGUAACAAAAAAAAGUAUGCAUUCUUGGGAGAACUUAUUUAUAAACUAUUGAUUUUGUAAAUAUCAGGGG